AUAAAACAAAACAAAAUCUAUUCACACACACACACACUAUUACUAUAGUCUCUCCCUCUUUCUCUCUCUCUCUUUUUUUCUCAAAAAUAAAAAAUAAAUAAAUAAAACACCAAACAGUCUCCCUUCUCUCUUUCUUUUUCUCUUUCUUUGUUAUAAAACAACUUGGAGAACAAGUUUUUUUUUUCUUUUUCGAAAAACAAAAAGAACAAAGAGAGAGAGAGAUCGAAGAAGAAGAAGAAGAAGAGAAUAUGUGCUGCUCUUUUUCUAUUGAUCUAAAUUAAUAUAUAUAUAUAUCUCAUGGACAAGAAAGAAGAAGAGGUCAAGAACAACAAUAAUUCGAUUAAUAUGGCAAAUUCAUCAACAACAGGAGGAGGUGCAGUAUUAGUAGAAGAAGAAUAUCAUUUCAAUUCUACUUUAUUCGAUAAUAAUAACUAUCAUUAUUAUUUCAAUAAUAAUAAUAAUAAUAGUAUUAUGCUACAACAACAACAACAACAAGCAUCAUCUUUGGGGUUUAUGAAUUUACUGGGAAUCAAUAAUAUUAAUAAUAGUCAUGAAGAUUUUGGUUCAUCUUUAUUCUACUUUCCUCCACCACUACAAGAAGAAGAAUCCAAUAAUGAUAAUAAUAUGUUGAUAUUUGAUGACCCUAUCAAUAAUAACCAUCUACUUGGGUUGUCACCGCCGCCGCCGCCGUCUUCACCGCUUCCUCCACCUUCGUCCACUGUUCCCUCGCCAUCUCCAGCUUCAAGCACAGUGUUGCCGGAAACUUCUGAGGUUUUGAACAGUACAACUCCGACGACGCCAAACUCAUCCACUCUUUCUUCCUCGUCCAAUGAAGAACAAAAACAAAAAGUAGUACCAAAUCACCAAGAGGAAAUAACUGAAGUUGAAGCUGAGACAGAGCAAGAUCCUGAAAAAUCAUCCCACAAUAAUAAUAACAAGCAGUUGAAACCGAAAAAGAAGAACCAAAAAAGGCAAAGGGAACCGAGAUUUGCGUUCAUGACAAAGAGCGAGGUGGAUCACUUAGACGAUGGUUACAGAUGGCGUAAAUACGGCCAAAAAGCUGUGAAAAAUAGCCCUUAUCCAAGGAGUUACUACCGUUGCACCAGUGCAGGGUGUGGCGUGAAAAAGCGAGUAGAGCGUUCUUCAGAUAACCCUACCAUAGUUGUAACUACUUACGAAGGUCAACACACUCAUCCAUGUCCCGUUACGCCACGUGGCAGUCUCGGAAUUUCUCCGGAUUCCCACUCAUUCUUUCCCUCCGUUUCUUACGGUGGAGCCGCCGCCGCCUCGACGGUGCCGAUGUUGCCGAGUCAUGAUCAUCCUCAUCAUCAUCAGUACCGGCCCUAUAGCUCAUUGUUAUCGAGUCCUUAUAAUAAUUACUCGUCCAGUUUAAACACAAUUAGUAGUAGAAGUAACAAUACUAAAAACGACGUCGUUUUGGGUGUUAUGAAUUCUUGUUCUUCUACUACUACUACAACAACAACAUCUUCAUUGGCUUCGAGUAUGACAAAUGGGGGGCUUCUUCAAGAUAUUGUGCCUACCCAGAUGAGAAAUAAUGAAGACCAUCAUCAUCAUCAGAGAUCAUGAUCAUCAUAAUUGGUACGGACAUAUAUAUUUAUUUUGCUAACUCUGAUCUCAUGAUAUCUAUUAUGGGUUUUUUGUUGUUGGUCUUUUGUUAUUAUAAGAAAGAACCCACUACGUUUUUUUUUCUUUUUUUGUUUUAGUUACUUUAAUUAUAAUUUAAUCAUGAUCGAUUGAUCGAUCAUUACCCAUUUCAUUAGUAGUAGUGUAUUAUAUAUAUAUAUAUAUAUAUAUAUAUGUAUAAUGAGUAGUAGUGGGCCUUUUUUUUUUUUUGCCUUUUGAUAUUGUUGGAGGGGUUUUUCUUAGUACUUUUUUUUUUCUCCCUUGUAUUUGGGGUUUUGUUGUUAUGUUUAUUCUUUUGUAUACACUUAUAAAUAUGUAGGAGUAAUUUUAACUAUUGGAUUUUCAUGGCCAAUAUUAUUUAUACAUUAUUGGGUUUUGUAUAUGAUAUCCAUAUUACUUAUAUAUGAAUGUAUUUUAUUUUCCUU